AUCAGGAUAUUCAAUCAUCUUAUUUCUCACCCUUAAUAGGUCGGGACGAGUCCAUCUUAAAAUUAUAUAGGUUUUUUAGAAGCAAGUUCAAUAAUUCAACUAUAGAGACAUUGUAUAUAUUACUACAUGCACGUUAAUCAUUUUUCUUUUUAUACGUAUUUCAACAACACUAAUUCCGCCUGACACCGCACGCAUUAAGCCCGUGAGGCGGAUAUGGCCAUAUAUGGCGGUAUGGAGACUCCCACAACGUUCCACCUCAGUAGGCGGGGCUGAGCGACUUCUAAAUUAGGUGUCGCUCACUUUCUUGUUCAUAGGUAAAUCAAUUGAGGAGCUGAGAGUGGUCUACAGGAGGGAAGGAGAUACGCAAUCGAAUUCUGAGUGUUUGUGUUUUUUUUUUUUUUGGCUUAAAUAUUGGAGGUGUAUAGGAUUUUUUCACCGUACAGCAUCUGGGGACCAAGAUUAAUUAAACAAAAUGAGAAUGUUUAAUGGAAUAGUAGUUUUCGUCUGUUUGGCAACGAUAUGGAUCCCUUUUGCCUUUUCGGAUUUAAUUCCCCCUGAAGACCUGGAUACCUCGGGAGAUGAUUUGGAGUUUUCUGGGUCUGGAGAAGAAGGUCUCAAUGUAGACUAUACUGUUUCAUCUUUGACUCCGCCUUUUACUUCUCCAAAUGUAUCUACAACAACCAUUGCACAAACCGAAGAAAAGGAAGUAUCCACAGUGUUUCCAUUUAAUCCUUGGCAGAACGAGCUUAAUUCCACUAUAGCAGAUUAUGUACAGAAUUCUGAAACGACUAACCUGGCAAUAAGGGAAACCACUUCACAAUCUGUGUUUCAACUGAAAGAAAAAGAGGGCACCAUUAAGAGUGUUGCUUCACCGUCUCCAACCACAGAACAUUUGGAUAGCUCUAAUCUGGAAUCCUCAUCUUUGACUCCUGGUAACUUACCGGAACAUCCUUCAGAAGAGGACAUUGAAAAGCGCACUGAAAGCAUUACUUCAACUACUGAAGCAACAGAAAAUGCUAAUUUUGUCAAUGUAGAAACUGACUUGGAACACACCUCAGUUGCACCUGAGCUUAACAAUACUGCUGAGGACCUUUUUGUCCAAAACAAAAUCAUACCGAAAGUUGCACAAUUACCAGAUGGUAGCUUUGCCUCCGCUACAGAGACUGACCCUCCUCUUUCUAAAUCUGAAGAAAAUACUCCUGGUUUUCUGGAGAGGAAAGAAGUUCUUGGAGGUGUCAUUGUGGGAGGAAUUAUUGGCUUGCUUUUUGCAGUUGUUCUGGUUGUUCUAAUGGUUUACAGAAUGAAGAAGAAAGAUGAAGGCAGUUAUGCGUUGGAUGAUCCCAAACAUUCUAAUGGAGGUUAUCAAAAACCACACAAGCAAGAGGAGUUUUUGGCCUGAACAUGUGCAGAUAUAUAUAUAUAUAUUUUUGAGGUUUUUCCCCCCAUCUGUUUAAAAUUCCCAUCAACUUGAACUAGUGCCUUUUUAUGUACAUAUAAGGACCUGGGUUUCCAUGACUUUUGGAUUUUCAAAAAACUAAAAUACAAAGUAAUGUUUCAUUCACACUA